UGACUCUUCAGCAGAUAGAAGUUAUGUUGAGAAAUCAAAUGUUAGUGAGAGUUUGUUACUGAUGAAAUUCUACUCCUUAUCAUCUGGAGUGGCAAACUUCUUGCUGUCUGACAGUGAAGGUAGAGAACUGGAUCUCCCCUUUCAACUUACAGAUCAAGAAAUGGAGAUCGUCCGUUAUAAUAGAAGUACAUUUAUACUGGGACGCUCAGGCACCGGGAAGACAACAGUUCUUACAAUGAAAUUAUGUCAGAAAGAACAGCAGCAACGUAUUGCAGAGGAAGGAUUCUAUGGUGUUGAGAAUGCACUCUCGCAUGUUUUUCCGAAUAAUAACGAGGUUGAGCAGAGUCCUGCUGGUGCUAAUAUGUGUGUCUUGCGCCAGCUUUUUGUGACAGUGAGUGCGAAACUCUGUUUUGCUGUCAAGCAACAUGUUUUACACUUGAAAAGUUUUUCUUCUGGGGGAAACCAUUCAGGUGAAUGCAGUUCAACUGAUAGCAUUGAUUUUGAGGAUGAAGAAGCCCAGUUCAACAAUAUCCCAGAUUCUUUUCUUGAUAUUCCGCCCAACUGUUAUCCUCUUUUCAUAACAUUCCAUAAGUUCUUGAUGAUGCUUGAUGGAACCUUAGGUAACUCAUUCUUUGAAAGAUUCCUUGACACCUCAGAACCUUGGCCAAGUUCAAGAUCAGUUGCGCUGCAGACGGUUCUCAGACAAAAGGAGGUCAAUCUUGCGAGGUUCAGCACCUCUUAUUGGCCUCAUUUUAAUAUACAGCUAACAAAGAAGCUUGAUCCUUCUAAAGUAUUUACAGAGAUUAUCUCUCAUAUCAAAGGCGGCCUGGGAGUCACAGAAGCAGGUGAUGGAAAACUCAGUCGAGGAGAUUAUGUCCAACUUUCAGAGUGCCGGGCGUCAAAUCUAAGCAAGGAGAAGAGGGAGAUGAUAUAUGAUAUAUUUCUGGUUUAUGAAAAAAAGAAAAAGAAAGAUGUUGAAUUUGAUGUCACUGAUUUUGUUAAUGAUAUUCACCGUCGACUCAGACGUGAAAAGUACAAGGGUCAUGAAAUGGAUUUUGUAUAUAUUGAUGAGGUUCAGGAUCUAACAAUCAAUCAGAUUAGACUCUUCAAACACGUUUCCAGUAAUGUUGAAGAGGGUUUUGUUUUUUCUGGCGAUACUGCACAGGCAAUUGCAAGGGGUAUUGAUUUUAGAUUCCAAGAUAUACGACACCUGUUCUACAAGGAAUUUGUACUGGAAUCAAAAGAGAAACACGAAGAAAGAGAAGACAAAGGACAAAUCUCAAAAAUGUUUCAUUUGUCUCAAAACUUCCGUACGCAUGAUGGUAUACUGAAGUUAUCACAGAGCAUAAUUGAUCUACUUUACCAUUUUUUCCCCCAAUCUAUUGAUAAAUUGAAACCUGAAACCAGUCCAAUAUAUGGGGAAGCUCCAGUUUUGCUUGAAUCUGGAAAAAAUGAGAAUAUAAUCAUGAAGAUUUUUGGAAGUAGUGAUACUUUUUGUGGAAAUAUAGUUGGCUUUGGAGCGGAGAUAGUUGGCUUUGGAGCGGAGCAGGUUAUUUUGGUGCGUGAUAAGCAUGCUCGGAACGAAAUUUCCAAUCAAGUUGCAAAGCGAGCUCUUGUUCUUACUAUAUUGGAGAGCAAGGGCCUUGAAUUUCAGGAUGUACUGCUUUACAACUUUUUUGGAUCAUCACCAUUGCAAAAUCAGUGGAGGGUGAUAUACAAUUACAUGGAGGAGCAUGAUUUGCUUGACUCCACUUUACCUGAGCACUUUCCAAGUUUUGAUGAAGGCAAACACAACAUCUUAUGUUCCGAACUUAAGCAACUAUAUGUUGCUGUCUCUCGUACUAAACAAAGGUUGUGGGUUUAUGAGAAUGUGGAAGAGCUAUCCAAUCCCAUGUUUAACUAUUGGAAAAGGAAAUGUCUUGUGCAAGUUAGGCACCUCGAUGAUUCACUUGCAAGGGAAAUGCAAGCUUAGAGCAAUCCAGAGGAGUGGAGGUCACGUGGCAUGAAGCUCUAUCAAGAGGAUAACUAUGAAAUGGCCACAAUGUGUUUUCAAAGAGCUGGUGAUACUUAUUGGGAAAGAAGGUCGAAAGCUGCUAGCCUGAAAGUUAUGGCUGACCUUAAGCGCACUUCAAAUCCUGAAAAGGCUAAUGCUCUCCUCAAGGAAGCUGGAGAAAUUUUUGAAUCUUUAGGGAAGGCAGAUUCUGCUGCCCAAUGCUUUUUUGAUUCUGGGGAGUACAAAAGAGCAGCUAGGAUUUAUUUGGACAAAUGUGGAAAACCUGGACUUGAAAGAGCUGCAGAAUGCUAUUCUCUAGCAGGAUGCUACAAGUGUGCAGGCGAAAUAUUUGAAUCUAUAGGCAAAGCAGAUUCUGCUGCCAGAUGCUUCUAUUAUUUGGGGGAGUAUGAAAGGGCAGCUAACAUUUAUUUGGAAAAGUGCGGCAAACUUGGACUUGAAAGAGCUGGCAAAUGCUUCUCUCUAGCAGGAUUCUAUGAGCAUGCAGCCGAUGCAUAUGCCAAGGGCAAAUUUUUCUCCGAGUGUCUAACUAUGUGUUUGAAGGGAAAACUAUUUGACAUAGGUUUGGAAUAUAUUAAAUUUUGGAAGCAACAAGCAAGAGAAGAGUAUGAUCUGGCAUUAAGAGGAAAAGGUACGGAUGAAAUUGAACUGGAUUUUCUUGAGAGCUGUGCAUUUCAUUAUCAUGAGGUUGAAGAUAACAGAUCCAAGAUGAAACUUGUUAAAGGUGAAAUGUUAUCUGGGCAAAAAAUUUUGAAUACUCAUCUUUCUUCAAGCUCGUCAAAGUAUGUGUGGGAAG